GGCCUUCAGUUAACAGUCGCCAUCUUCUUGUCGUCGUGAGCGGGCAAAGAGAGAGAGAAGGACGACAGGCGGCGGCUGAAAAAUAACCACGAAUACAGCGUUAAUUUGGACCGAGUCAGGGCCGAACAGUUAGUUACAUGAGUACAUGGACUGCCUGUUAAUCAGUGGUUAUGGUAUCGAUAAGGUUGGUGUAGUUUUUCCCGGGUCGCACAGCUCAAAGAUGGACGACAAAGCGGCGAGGGAAGAUGCCUGCCGAGAGUAUCAGUCCUCGCUCGAAGACCUGACGUUCAACAGCAAGCCGCACAUCAACAUGCUGACCAUUCUGGCCGAGGAAAACCUCAACUUCGCCAAGGAUAUCGUCGCAAUUAUUGAAGCGCAAAUAAGCAAGGCCCCAUCUGCCGAGAAGCUUCCAGUUUUGUACUUAGUGGAUUCCAUAGUGAAGAAUGUUGGAGGAGAAUACCUUGCAGUGUUUGCUAAAAACCUAAUCACUUCAUUUAUAUGUGUCUUUGAAAAGGUGGAUGAAAACACUAGAAAGAGUCUGUUCAAGUUAAGAUCAACGUGGGACGAUGUGUUUCCUCUGAAGAAACUGUAUGCGCUGGAUGUCCGGGUCAACUCCGUGGACCCGGCCUGGCCCAUCAAGCCGCUGCCGCCCACUGUCAAUGCCAGCAUUCAUGUCAACCCCAAGUUUUUGAAACAGUCUGAGGAGGCGCCCUCUCCACAGCCUGUUGCUGCCACACCAUCGCCACAGCCGGUGGCACCACCACCACCACCAGCAGCACCAGCAGCGACAGCAGUGCCUGCUUCCCAGUCGGCCUCCAAUGUAAGCCUGUCCAGCCUGACCCAAGAGCAGCUGAUCCGGCAGCAACUGCUGGCCAAACAGAAACAGCUCCUGGAGCUUCAGCAGAAGAAAAUCGAGCUGGAACUGGAGCAGACCAAAGCUCAGCUGGCUGGUGGGUUUGUAUUGCCAACAUCGACUCCAGCCACCACCCCAACAGUGCCGAGCACGGCACCGAAGCCCGUGAGCCAAAGUACUCCUGUGGUCCGACCUUGGAUCCCUCCUCAAACUCAGACAGAUUCUAAGCCGUCCACCAGGGACCCCCGUCUGAAUCGCCCAGGCCCCCCAGCUGCAUCCCAGCCCAAAGAACAGUCUGCUGGGAAAAAGGCAGACAUAGCCACAACAGGAAGUCCUGCUCUGACGCCUGAGAAAUCCUCCCGGCCUGACAAGGCCAGGACCCAGAGGAAAGAGGUGUUGGAGGAGAAGCCAAAGUCCAAAUCUCCAUCUCCGAUGGCUAAAAGUGUCCAGAGUAAGAACAAACAAGUGGAGGCUGAGGUUCAGAAGUCAGCUGAUGGCACCAAGAAAGAUCCUCGACUGAGAAAACGAACACAGGACAAGACUGGAGAGGCAAAAGACGACGAACUAAAGGAGAAGAAAAGAUGUACCGACAAGAAAGAGCGAGACGAGGCUGCACGGGGAGCAGACCCUCAGAGGUUCCCCAGGGGGAAGCUGGUGAAUGGCUCGGUGGCCAAACACGACCGCGAAGAGUCUGCAGAGAAAGCAGAGUUCAAGAGUGGAGGCAAUGCCCGUACACAUGCCAGGAAACGUACACGCUCGCGUUCCAGAUCACGCUCACCCAACUCUUCCCCAAAGAGGAAGGACAGGCGGUCGCCCAAGAGCAGAGCCAGGAGCAGCUCCUUGUCCCCGUCGCCCUCUCACAAAACGGGCAAACCCAGAAGGGUCCGCACAGACGAACCAGAACACGGCAAGCCCGGCAGAGAGGACCGGCUCCCACCCAAAAAGAACCAAUCAGAAAGCAGAAGGUCAAAGAGGCCGGUGGAAGACCGGCACUCCGAAUCUAGAGACUCUCACUCCCCGAGAAGCCACGACGGAGGCAGCAAGGAGACCAAGGACGCUCCUCACCGCUGGAGGAGCGGCUGGGAGGAGAACAAACAUCCGAAGCUACCUGAGGACUCUCACAUGAAACCUGGACCUCCCCAAAGACACAAACCCUACAACACCCCGACUCGCCCCACCACCCCUCGAACCCCAAAGCAUCGCCUCAGUGUGGACGCUAACAUGCAGAUACCUGAAGUCCUCAACUCUGCCUCCAAGAAGGACCUGCUCAGGAGGGCCAGUAAGCGUCUGGAGAGCGGCGAGAUUUCCAAGGAAGACUUCCUGAACAUGGCGCACAAGAUCAAACAUUUCUUCCAGUAUCAGGAGGAGAAGCAGCAGCACCCUGAAAACUGGGAUGAUGCCGGCAACUUCUCCAAGAAACUGCUGACCCCGUCUCCUUCUGGCCAGCCUCGUCCUCAUGAAGCCAUGGACCCGGCAGAGCUGUCUUACUACGAGCACAAGUCCAAGCUGAGGAAGACCCAGGUCACACACCGCCCGACCGGAGAGGAGUGGGAGGGCGAUGAGAGUCCCGAGGAGGGCGAGGAAUCAGUGCAGGGUGAGAAGACAGGCGGCAGCAGGAGCGCUGGGCACCCGCCAUCACAUAAAUACAACCGGCCACCGCGGGACAGGCAAGGUGAAAGGCGCAGUAAAGAGCGCGAGGAGCCCCGGCCUCCACUCGGCCCCAUGAUCGAGGAGUACAACCAUGGCAAAGAGUUCCCCACUCUGAAGUCUCUGCCAGGCCUUCGCUUCAGGAGGAGAGCUGACCCUAGAGAGUCCAGUGAGAGGGAGUGGAACUCACCCCUGACAGAGCGCCAGCGCUAUGACGAGCGCGAAGAACAGAAAAGCGGCUAUGAUGCUCCACGGAGAUAUGGCACACCUGCCGAUUCUCGACACCCCGAACCACGAAGGCUUGAGGGACCCCCACCCUCUGGCACCGUAGUCCACAGGAACUGUCCGAGCCCGAGCAGUCUAGACCCACCGACCCCAAGGUUUGAGCGUGAGCGCCUGUCCCCUCUACAUCAGAAAGAAUCUGCAGAGGCAAGCCCCGUUCCGCGCUUCGAGAGCCCCAACAGUGAGCAUUCAGACGACGGGCCCCUCAACCUGGAUGCUCACCCUCAUCCUCCCGUUCCACCCAAAUCUAUCCUAAAGGCGCCGGCUCGCGGAGGGCCGCUGUCUUCUGUCCGACAGCACAGCGACUCCCCGGGACAUACACCUCCUCAUGAUGGAGGACACCCCCGGUACGAUGGACCUGGACACAUGGGGCCCUCCAGACCACACCCUCCAGGGUGGUACGAAGGCAGUGGCCCUGGGCGCUAUGAUGACUCAUCCCGUUUUGAUGGGCCUCACCACCAGGGUCCUGGUAGAUUUGAGGGUAGUGGACCACCUCUUCACAAUGUGCCAGAGAGGUUUGACGGCCCCCACAUGUCUCAUGGUCCAAUUAGAGGCGGCGAUGGUAUGGGGCGAUUUGAUGGUCCACCUCACCCUCAGGGCCCUGGAAGGUUUGAUGGUCCAAUUGGUCAGCAGCCCCCAGUCAGGUUUGAGGGACAAGGACCUGGACCGGGCCACUUUGAGGGCCCUAUUCAGCGCUUUAACAACAUGGCUCCUGGUCCUGGAUCCGGACAAAUGGGCUUCCAGCAGCAGCGGCCUAUACGCUUCGAUGGCCCACCAAACCAGAUGGGCCCGAUGAGGUUUGACGGCCCUGGUCCCAUGCGCUUCGAAGGUCCCGUCCAGCCAGGGCCCAGGUUUGACAUGCCCCAUCAGGGUGUACCCCCGAUCUAUGAAUCUGCCCCUGGCCAGCAGGGCCCCCUGAGGUUUGCUCCCCAACACAACCUGCAGCCUCCCAUGAGGCCAAUGGCACCGCCCAUCUACGAAAACCCCAUGGCCCCUCAGCAGAACUUUAAUAUGGGACCUCAGCGGUUCCCAGAGCCCAUGAACCCUCAGUUCUCCUCGGGGCCGAUGGGAUUCCAAACUCAGCCGAACCUGCAGCAGACCGGAAACUUCAACAUGCAGCCAGCACCCUUCAACCAACCAGGCCCCGCCACCUUCUACAACUCCGCUUCCCCUGCCGUCGGCAUGCAGCAGCCAGUAAACAUGAUGGGGAACCUGAACCAGCCCUUCCUGCCUCAGAACGCAGUGCCUUUCAGACAGCAGACUCCGCAGGUCGUCCCUCCAGAGAACCAUUUCGGUCAGGUUGACGUCAACGACCUGCUGUCCAAACUCAUCUCCACUGGCAUUAUCAAACCAUCUCAGCCUGACGCUGUGCCAACCACUGGUGCCGAUUCUUCCACAGCAGCUCCAGCAGCUCCGCCUGUGGAGGAGGAGGAAGAGGAGGACCAGGAGCCAGAGGUGGAGGAGGGAGAUCUCCCGGACCUCACCAGCUUCACAAUCGACGACAUGAAACAGCGUUAUGAGAGCGUGGUGACCAAGCUAUACUCAGGAAACCAGUGCUGUCUGUGCAGCAUGAGGUUCACCACUGCCCAGACGGACAUGUACGCCGACCACCUGGACUGGCACUUCAGACAGAACCACGCUGGGAAGGUCGCCAGCAAGAAGAUCACGCACCGGCGCUGGUACUACACUCUCAGGGACUGGAUCGAGUUUGAGGAGAUCGCUGACCUGGAGGAGCGAGCGAAGAGUCAGUUCUUUGAGAAGGAAAAUGAGGAGGAGGUUCAGAAGAACCAGGCGGCUGCCAAGGAGAAGGAGUUCCAGAGCGUGAAAGCCACCAAGGACCAAGUAGGAGAGUUGUGUGAAAUCUGUCAGGAGCCGUUUGAGACGUACUGGGUGGAGGAGGAGGAGGACUGGUUCUUGAAAAACGCCAUCAGGGUUGACGACAAGAACUUUCAUCCUUCCUGUUUUGAAGAUUAUAAAAAUACGUCGUCUUACAUUGAUGUCACACCGUCGCCCAACAAGGUGCUCACUGAUCACCCAUUGAGCGCCUUCAUAAAGAAGGAAGAGGAGGAGGAAACUUCCUGUGCUGUCGCUGCUGCAGUCAAACAGGAAGCGGAGUCUGAAGCUGUCGAGCUUCCUGAUGUGAAAAAAGAGUUGGAGGAGGAGGUUUUACCAGAAGAAGUGCAAUCGGAUCAAAGUAAACUGUAACGCUACUGCUGCCUCACCUUCACUUUUUCUUAUUUUUUUGAGAGAAAAGGUGUUUUUAGCAUGCGGAGGCAGAGUCCUCGGCAACAUAAACUUCAAUACAUUUUUGUAUUUGGAUUCUGCGUGACCAUUUCAGGUCUCUGUUCCUCUGUGAAUCGAACGAAAACUGAACUUGUUUAUUAAAAAAAAAGAAAAUGUUUUGUUUCCUUUUGGGUAACAGAUGUAAAUUAUUUAAUUUAUAAAUUAAAGUAUUUUUUGGUAUCUCUGGUGUAACAGUGAUUGAAUCCAACAGCUGCUGUUUGCUGUCUGUGAGUAGUUGAAUUGAUUGGUCGGUUUAUUGAUGGGUUGGUGGGUAGUUGCAGGUGUUGACUUGUUUCUGGCUGCGUUAAAGGUAAGCAUCAUUUGAUUGGACGACUGAAGAUUCCACCUGCUCUUCAGGAAACAGUUCUCCAGCGGAUUACAGUCGUCUUUUUGUUUGUUUAGUUGAUCUUUAAUAAAAAGUCUGAAACUUGUUUGUUGGUGUCAACAGUGAUUAAUUUGACUCUGCCCUUAGUUUUAUUGUCAUUUAGGUUGAAAACUUAAAUAAAGGUUUAGUGGAUUUAAA